UCCUCCUCCUCGGCGCUGCCCGGCGCCGGGGCUCUCCCGGCGCCGCUCCGCAAGGCGCGGCCGCCGCUUCCCCGCCCCGGCGCGGGGCCGCCCUCGUCCCCUCCCUCCCUCCGCCCCGUCCCCGCCCGCCGCGGCAGCCCCGAGCGGGAGGCGGCGGAGGGAGGCGGGAGCCAUGCGGGAGUACAAGGUGGUGGUGCUGGGCUCGGGCGGCGUGGGCAAGUCCGCCCUUACCGUGCAGUUCGUGACCGGCUCCUUCAUCGAGAAGUAUGACCCCACCAUCGAGGACUUCUACCGCAAGGAGAUCGAGGUGGACUCGUCCCCGUCCGUGCUGGAGAUCCUGGACACGGCGGGCACCGAGCAGUUCGCCUCCAUGCGGGACCUCUACAUCAAGAACGGGCAGGGCUUCAUCCUGGUGUACAGCCUGGUGAACCAGCAGAGCUUCCAGGACAUCAAGCCCAUGCGGGACCAGAUCAUCCGCGUCAAGAGGUACGAGCGGGUGCCCAUGAUCCUGGUGGGCAACAAGGUGGACCUGGAGGGCGAGCGCGAGGUCUCCUUCGGGGAGGGCAAAGCGCUGGCCGAGGAGUGGAGCUGCCCCUUCAUGGAGACCUCGGCCAAAAACAAAGCCUCUGUGGACGAGCUGUUCGCCGAGAUCGUCAGGCAGAUGAACUACGCGGCGCAGCCCAACGGGGACGAGCCGUGCUGCGCCUCCUGCGCCAUCCUCUGAGGGCGGCGGCGGCCCCGGCCCCGGCGGGCGCGCUCGGGGAGAAAACAUCGCGAAAAAAAUUCGUCGUGUUGGAAAUGUGGCUUUUCUCGGCAUGUACGUUUCGUCCAGUCUUGGUCAUGGCAUAUUUCCUGUCAGUGUCGGCGGCGGGCGCGGGAGCAGCCGGUCCCGCCGCCCGGGGAGCGGAGCCACGCGGGGAGCCCGCUGUCCCGGGACAGCCGCGGGGAGCCCGGCGGGGAGCGGGGCCCGCGGCCCGGCCAGCCCCGGGACAGCGGGGCCGCACCCCGGGACAGCGGAGCCGCACCCCGGGACGCCGGGCCCGCACUCCCGGGACAGCGGAGCCGCACCCCGGGACAGCGGGGCCGUACCCCGGGACACCGGGCCCGUACCCCCGGGACACCGGGGCCGUACCCCGGGUGCGGGCCCGUCCCGGCGCCGCUGCCGCCGUCUCUAUGCAAGCGGGAGCGGUGCGGGGCCGUCCCGCCCGGAGAGUUGCACAUGGAACUGGGACUGUGACCCGAUCGGUGCUGCCAGGCUCGGGGCGCCGGGCAGCGCCGCCGAUAUCCCUGGAAUAAUGCUCUAUUUUGUUUACCUGCUGUAUCGGAUGGGAGUUUGCAGGAGAGUGGUAGCGUGGUGGUUUUUCUCCUGGUUUUAUUUGUUUGUUUUUGUUUUCUUUUUUAAUCAGCUGUGAAAAUGUUACAAAUCUGCACAAUUUUUUAGGUGUGCGUGUGUGUGUGAUUUCGUUGUGGUUUUGGUUUUUCCUUUGGCGGGGGGGAGGGCGGUGGUGCUUUUUUUGCCGAGGGGUUUUGGAUUUGGGUUGGCAAUACCUGAUUUUGAUGACUCGCUCUCUCAAGUGCAAAGACUUCCCCUGAGUGAUGCAGGGCCAACAGCAGCCCUGUGUCUGUAGAGUGCCUUCAAAACUCAGCUGUUCCAGCCGGUGCCAACCUGUGAAAGCUCCACAGAAUCCCAUUAUCUACUACUCCAAAAACUACUUAACAGUUUCCUUGCAGUAAUCACACCGAGCAAGCCAGGACAAAAGGGCCUAUUGUUAGUGGAAUUUAUUUCUUAUUUCCAUCUGAGCCUUUUAACUGUUAUUUCUAUGUCUUGCAAGUUUGGGCCUAAUUUACUUCAAAUUUACAAGAAUUUACCCUUUUGGGAUUUUUGGGUGGGGGGCUUUUUUUUUAAAUUUUUUUGGUUCUAUUUUCCUUUGAUUUUGUCGUGGGAUGUGCCUCCAGCCAGCAAAGAAGGAAACCUUAUCGUUGUGAUGUACCAAGAACAUUCUAACAACUGUCAUUUUAAGUGCAGACAUGCAUUGAAGAAAUGUCUAUCCAUUUGAAGAAUUUUAAUACAAAUGCUGUUUUUUAGAAAACAA